UGCAAGAUUGUAUCAUAUAUAUUUUCAGUAUAAUGGAACUCCAUCUGUGCUUAGAGCUUUGAGCAAGCAUUGCCCUAGUUUGGAAUCUCUUUCUUUUUUGGAACCGCGUAUGGAAGUAUCAAUUUUAGAAAAAGAUAUAUUACCAAUUCUCUUUGGAGUUCCAGCUUCUGCUGUUCAUAGGACUAGUUCUUUAAUCUGCAGAUUUGGUGAAGAUGAACAUUUUAGAAGUCAGUUUCAGGUGCAAUAUCCUAAUCUCAGAAAGUUAAAUUUAGAUGAACUUUAUUUUGAAGAGGAUCUUCUUCAUGAUGUCUAUACAUUGGUAAUGGUAUUGCAUCCUAAACUCACAUGUUUUGGCAAGUACACUGGGCUGACUAAAAAAAUGUUGUCAAAAUUUAGACGACUUUGGGCAGAAAAUAAUGGUGGAUCAUACUCAAAUAUAGAGCUGUUUUUGACAAAAGCAAAAUUUGUUGACAGUGUGUUUGAUUCUCACAGUGAUACUGAAAUAGAGCUAAAAUACCUUGAAAGCAUUGUGUCAAUGUUCAAGUCAUUGAAGUCAAUUGAAGUGCAAAAGGACAACUUACUAGAAAAAGAUAUCGGCAAGUUUUGCCAAAUGUUUGCUCAUCAGGUUGAGGCUUUUUCACUUAGUGUGUUGCCAAUAAGUCAUAUAUCAGCUUUGAACAAUAUUAAACAUCUGCGCUUAACAUUUGCCCAGCGAUAUUCAUUUGACCAGGUUCAUUUUAUAUUGGAUAACUGUGCACAACUGCAAACUUUAAGUGUACAUGGUGUACUAGUGGAACAUUCUCCACAUCCAUUACCUGUUCAGAAUAAUGUUGGAAUGCUGCAUAACGAUCAGCAUAUUCUUGAAAAUCUUUUGGUUGAAGAAUUAGCAAAUCAAAUUCAAGACAUCCAGGCAUUUAUUGAAGAACCCGAAGGAAAUAAUCACUUUCAUGGCUUGAAUCUUGGUGCUGGUGUGCGACAUCCUCCAUCUUUGAGACCUAGAUCAACGUAUAAGCAGUCUAAAUCCCACUUGAAACUGACGACUUUACGAAUUGCAUCAUUGCUGGAGGCUGAAGAACAGCCUUCUGAGGUAAAUAUUGACAGGCCAUUUUGUGCCCGGAUUUCAGUUGACACAUGAGAUUUGCUAUUGAAG